UCGCUGUGCUCAGCUAAGCAACACUAGUGAUCUAUCUAUCGUGCUGACACUUGGCUAUCUGUGGAUCGCUCCCGCAUGCUCGCACGUACUCCCCAAGAUAUCCGUCGAUUAAGGAAAUAAACAUGUACGUUACGACUUUUUCUGGGAGUCAGUGAGGUGUGAGACGUGUCAUUGCUCUCAAUAACUAAGCUCGACAUUUACUGUGUCGCAGUUUUUGUGAAAGAUAAAGAUUCUCUCGUUGAAUUGUUAUAAGAAUUCUUUUAUGAUACUAAACAUUGUUCUUGAAAGCAUCCUGGAACAUAACUAACAUUUCUCGUAAGAAGAGACAGAGACAAGAUGGCAGACGGGGAGCAGCCAGAGGGUCAGGAUAAUCCUGCCUUUGUUGCUGAGGACAACUCCACAGCCGCUGUCACUAAGGCCACGGAGGCCGAGGGUUGUCAGUCGCCGGCGGUGGAGUCAGUAAUAAUAAUGGGAAAGACGAAAGAACUGACGAAAGAUGAGCAGCUGGAGAAGAUCCGCAUCCUUAAGAACGUCGUCAUCAUCUCCAUCGCCUUCAUGUUUCUGUUCACUAGCUUCAAUUCCAUGGCCAACCUCCAGUCCUCUAUUAACAAAGUGGAUGGCACGGCUGCACUGUCGACCCUUUACGCUGCUCUGGUGAUCUCCUGCGCCUUCCUCCCCACCUGGAUGAUCAAGAAGCUAAAGGCGAAGUGGACGCUCUGUUUCUCCAUGCUCUGUUAUUCCACCUAUAUCGCAGCGCAGUUCUACCCGCGAGUGUGGACACUGGUGCCUACUUCAAUCAUCCUGGGUCUGGGGGCGGCGCCGAUGUGGUCUGCCAAGUGUACCUACCUGACUCAGGUGGGCAGUAAGUACGCAGAUAUCGUUGGAGAGAGCGCUGAGGUGGUUAUUGUCCGCUUCUUCGGCAUCUUUUUCCUCUUCUUCCAGUCUACACAAGUGUGGGGAAACCUCAUCUCUUCGUCUGUACUGUCGCAUGGCGUGGAGGCCGAGGAUGACCCUGACGAAGUUGCUCUGCUCUCUUGCGGCGUCAACUUCUGUCCUCACACUCACGACUCAGCUCCCUCCAACCUGACGAACCUGGCCAAGCCUCCAGCCUCCAAGAUCUACACCAUGGCCUCCAUCUACUUAGUGUGUGCCAUCCUCUCCUCCAUCAUCAUCGCCUUCCUCGUCGACCCCCUCACCAGGUAUGGUGAGGAGGAGCGGGUUGGGUCGUCGUCUGGUAAGAGCGGGUGUGAAUUGCUGGUUGCCACCUUCAACCACAUGCGUCACCCCUACCAGCUGCUCAUCAUCCCCCUCACUAUGUGGUCUGGCGUCGAGCAAGCCUUCCUCGGGGCUGACUAUACUGCAGCCUAUGUGUCGUGUGGUCUGGGGGUUCACAUGGUCGGCUAUGUGAUGAUCUGCUACGGUGUUUGCGACGCUAUUUGUUCCAUCACUUUCAGUCCGUUAGUUAAGAUGGUGGGUCGGGUACCCAUCUUCACCAUGGGUGCCAUAAUCAACCUGGGCAUCAUCAUCACUCUUCGUAGCUGGAUGCCUCACCCGGAUGAUGUGGCACUUUUCUUCGUAAUGGCUGGACUCUGGGGCGUGUCCGACGCUGUAUGGCAGACGCAGAUCAACGCUUUCUACGGUAUCAUCUUUCCCGGCGAAUCGGAGGCAGCGUUCAGCAACUACCGCCUGUGGGAGUCCCUGGGUUACAUCUUUUCGUACGUGGGCAGCACGACUUACUGCAUGGACGUUAAGAUCACCAACGUGGUCGUAUCGCUAGUCUUCGGCAUCAUUGGCUACUACAUCAUCGAAAUCCUGGAGAGACGAGGCGGCAUCAGGAAGGAUGAACAUGGUAAUGUGGUUACUAUCGACAGGCUCAUCAAAGACAGAUUCUUUAAAGGAAGACGUUAAGAAUAUUGAAAAUGUCUAAAAGAAAGUUGAAGAUGUUGAGAAUGUGGUAAUUAUCUAUAAGGUGGCCAGAGACAGGUUAAUUUUGAGGGAGCCUUUAAAAAACGUCGUAACCAACUACAAGAAGGCUAAAUACACGUUCUUCAGAGGGGACCGUUAAGAACGUGGUAAAUAUCUACAACAAGGUCAGAGAAAGACGGUGUUCUGUGCAACCAACUAUGGUAGGGAGACAUCUGUCACCUAUGUAUGGUCAGUCUAAGAAUGAAUAGUCUUGCUUUUUCAUCACUGCAUUCCUGGUUGCUACGAGAUCAUUAAGCUCAUACCGACUUAGCGUAAGGAGGCUACUCCGUGACGAAGAGUCUCGCUCAUUGGUAAAGAGUCUCGCUCAUUGGUGAAGAGUCUCGCUCAUUCGUGAAGAGUCUCGCUCACUGAUGAAGUCUCGCUCAUUGAUGAAGAGUCUCGCUCACUGAUGAAGAAUAUCGCUCAUUGGUGAAGAGUCUCGCUCAUUGAUGAAAAGCCUUGCUCACUGAUGAAGAGUCUUGCUCACUGAUGAAGAAUAUCGCUCAUUGAUGAAGAGUCUUGCUCAUUGGUGAAGAGUCUCGCUCAUUGAUGAAGAGUCUUGCUCAUUGAUGAAGAGUCUUGCUCACUGAUGAAGAAUAUCGCUCAUUGAUGAAGAUUCUUGCUCAUUGGUGAAGAGUCUCGCUCAUUGAUGAAGAGUCUUGCUCAUUGAUGAAGAGUCUUGCUCAUUGAUGAAGAAUAUCGCUCAUUGGUGAAGAGUCUCGCUCCUUGAUGAAGAGUCUUGCUCAUUGAUGAAGAGUCUUGCUCAGUGAUGAAGAAUAUCGCUCAUUGAUGAAGAGUCUUGCUCAAUGAUGAAGAGUCUUGCUCAAUGAUGAAGAAUAUCGCUCAUUGAUGAAGAGUCUUGCUCAAUGAUGAAGAAUAUCGCUCAUUGAUGAAGAGUCUUGCUCAAUGAUGAAGAAUAUCGCUCAUUGAUAAAGAGUCUUGUUCAUUGAUGAAGAGUCUCGCUUAUUGAUGAGUCUUGCUCAUUGGUGAAGAGUCUUGCUCAUUGAUAAAGAGUCUUGUUCAUUGAUGAAGAGUCUUGCUCAAUGAUGAAGAAUAUCGCUCAUUGAUGAGUCUUGCUCAUUGAUGAAGAGUCUUGCUCAAUGAUGAAGAAUAUCGCUCAUUGAUGAAGAGUCUUGCUCAAUGAUGAAGAAUAUCGCUCAUUGAUGAAGAGUCUUGUUCACUGAUGAAGAGUCUCGCUCACUGGUGUAGAGUCUCGCUCACUGGUGAAGAGUCUUGCUCACUGGUGAAGAGUCUCGCUUACUGGUGAAGAGUCUCGCUCACUGGUGAAGAGUCUUGCUCACUGGUGAAGUCUUGCUCACUGAUGAAGAGUCUUGCUCACUGGUGAAGAGUCUUGCUCACUGGUGAAGAGUCUUGCUCACUGGUGAAGAGUCUCGCUCACUGGUGAAGAGUCUCGUUCACUGGUGAAGAGUCUUGCUCACUGGUGAAGAGUCUUGCUCACUGGUGAAGAGUCUUGCUUACUGGUGAAGAGUCUUUUUCACUGGUGAAGAGUCUCGCUCACUGGUGAAGAGUCUUGCUCACUGGUGAAGAGUCUUGCUCACUGGUGAAGAGUCUUGCUCACUG